CCCGCAGGAGGUUGUGGCGCAAAUUAUGAGAGCUGGACAAUAUUUGAAUUUUCAACUUUGAGCAAUGUGUUGCACCCUCGCAGCCCCUGAAAGUUCCUCAACACCCACAUGUAAAAUUGUCAUAUAUACAAAAUAAUCCUCUCCCUACGAUCUUGUCUUAUAGAUCUAUAAAAAGGGAACACCUGUCCCUUUAGAUUGAUUGUUGGGGCUGCCUUUUGCUCUAUAAUUAAAGAUGUACCCUUGUUGACGUCAAGAUCAGUGCUUGGAUAGAGGCCGGCAACAUACCAGUAGACAAUGCAACAGUCAGAUCGUACCAUUUAUGUGGGUAAUGUCGGAAAGGAAGUCGACGAAAAUGCACUCAUGGCCCUGUUCGGCCACUGUGGAACGGUAACACAGAUCAGGAUUGCAGGCGACCCGAGCUAUGAUACUCGAUACGCCUUCAUUGAGUUUACAACACCAGAAGAGUCUCAGACGGCGAUGAUGCUGGACGGCAUGAUGGUUUUUGAGCGGCAGAUCCGGGUCAACAUGGCGCGCGGGGGCUCCGGCCCGGGCGUUGUGCGCUCCAAUGACCCUGACAGAGUGCAGCGCACCAUUCACAUUGGCGGCCUGCCCUUUGACGAGCUCUCAGAGGAGAGCAUCUCCGAUUACUUCUCCAACAUAGGAGAGGUGAAUGCAGUGCGCAAGAGCGGACGCUUUGCGUGGGUGGAGUUCAACACGCUGCAGGCUGCCCAGACGGCGAUGUCUCUGGACGGCGAGUCCUUGGGCUCUGGCACAAUGAAGGUGUCUGCCUCGAAGACGCCCAUCCACACCGCUGGCUGGCGUGCUCAGAAGUACCGGGACGCACCAGCUGCAGCCACGCCAUCUGGUAACGCUGUGCCUCCGCCACAGCCGCCGCCCCCCAUGGAGUACGGGCGCGGUCUCGGUCCGGCAGGCCCGCCCCCGGGCGGCUACGGGCCGCCGCCGUCAAUGCCUGCACCUUCUCCUUCAUACCCUCCAGGACCCUCUCCGCCUCCCCUGCCACCUUAUGGAGGACCUCCAUCCUAUGGUGGCCCGCCCCCGCCCUACCCUCCAUCCUACGGGGCGCCCCCUUCUGGCUAUGGCGUGCCCCCUCCGCAGCCACCAUACCACCGAGGGCCUCCUGCGCCGCCGCACGGAGCCAUGCCCCCACCGCAGUACGGCCACGGGCCACCUCAGGGGUACUACUGAUGCUUUCAGUGCGCACCCAGCUGGAUUCCAGCUGCUGGAGUGUAGAGCACUCUUGUUUAGGCAACUUUUAGCCUUUUAAGUCCUUGAGCAGUUAUCUUGGAAUGUUAUCAUACCUCUGUGGGAGCACAGACAAGGAAGCCAUUGUAGCAUGUGAUUGCGACACGUCGUGGCACAUGCUACUAGCAUGUAAUAGUAUUGACAUAUAGUGUGUUUUGAACAGCUUGGGCGCUUUAUGUUGUUGGGAGGCCUGACAAUGGACAAUGGUUGUGUGCUGUUCUUAUGAAUGACACCAGCCCUUGCAACUUGCUGUUGCUAUACUAUUUGAAUAGGGUUGACAUUUGAUGUUUUUGUUGUAAGCCUUACAGGGUGCAACCACACGUAUGGUUGCAUGAGCUGGCCAGAUGUAAGUUUGCUGCAUCUCC